AUGGAUCCCUCCUCUGGUUCCGCAUAUGUGGACCGGGCUGAGAAGGAACAGGCUGUCCAUUCCUUUUACUCUCAUCUCUAUACACCUGAAACAGUAAAUGAUAAUGAGAUUCAAUUCUUUGCUAACAUGAUCCCUCUGCGCUCCUUUUACUCUGGAUGGUCUCUCUCGGUCUCCAAACCAGAGUAG